AUUCUACGUCACUGUUUGUGCUGACGCGGCGUAAGCGCUUCAUCCAUUCGGAUCACAUACGUGUCUGCCUCUUUUCACUCAAGCCAAGAAUCAGAGAGGAGCGCAGACUGGAGACAUGGCACCCAAAGGCAGCAACAAACAGCAGUCAGAGGAGGAUCUUCUCCUGCAGGACUUCAGCAGGAACCUGUCGGCGAAAUCCACGGCGCUAUUCUACGGCAAUGCGCUAAUCGUGUCCGCAAUCCCCAUCUGGCUGUUUUGGAGGAUCUGGCAUAUGGAUUUGGUCCAGUCUGCAGUGCUGUAUGCAGUCAUGACUCUAAUCAGCACCUACCUGGUUGCCUUUGCUUACAAGAACGUCAAAUUUGUCCUCAAGCACAAGGUCGCUCAGAAACGUGAAGACGCCGUGUCCAAGGAAGUGACCCGCAAGCUCUCUGAGGCUGACAACCGCAAAAUGUCCCGCAAAGAGAAGGACGAGAGGAUCCUGUGGAAGAAGAAUGAGGUCGCUGAUUACGAGGCCACUACUUUUUCCAUCUUUUACAACAACACUCUGUUCCUCUUGAUUGUCAUCGUUGCCUCUUUCUUCUUGCUGAAGAACUUCAAUCCAACAGUGAACUACAUUCUGUCGAUUAGUGCCUCUUCAGGUCUGAUCGCCCUGCUGUCCACAGGGUCCAAAUAAAAGAUUGAUUGCAUUAGGAGGAGAAGAUUGAGGAACAAACAAAUGAGAGGAUUAUGGGGCUUGGAGGGAGGGAGGUGUGGCAAUGUGUUAAAGAAAGUUGUUAUCUUUUGGGAGGGUGUUUAUCUUUUCAUUUGUUAAAGUUUCAUGAAAUUCAUGAUCCGUUAAGGCCUUUUUUUUCUGGUCUUCUCUUGUUUUUGUUUUGUACCAAUAAAAGACUGUUAACUCA